CGUUAGCGAGCGCGGCAGACCCGGCUUGGGGGCUCAGGGAUGCCGCGGCUCCUCUGCUGGGGUCUGCUGUGGCUCUGGCUCCUUCCGCUUCGGUUCUCCCAAGAGCAAAGCUACAGAAGCAGAGCCAAGAAGCUGUGCGGCAGGCACCUGCUGGAAAGAAUAGUAAAACUCUGUGGGGAUGCUGACUGGAGCCACUUCGAGGAGAAUACCCCUUUAAAAACAGAGCUGUUUCCCCAGGCUUCGAAGAAAGUGGAAAGCCUCACCCCUGACCGGUUGAAAAGCUCCCAAACCACUUCCCUGGCCUGGGAGAGAAGCACAAGCGCAGUCUCUACUUCUGCCUCUCAGGAAGAAUCAGUAAACAAUGUGGAGAUGCAGUCACCUCCUGAGUAUCAGAAUAAAAAGGCCAACUUGCUACCUAGUAAGACAAGAAAAUUUACCUCAUCACAAGAUAUUGAUUCAUAUGUUCAUGAGAUUAUAGACUAUCAGAAGAAAAACACAAACAAAAUUAAAAACCUAAGGAAAUUGAUUAGGGGGAAUCAUCUCCAAAGAAUACGCAGAGGAUACUCAGAAAAGUGUUGUCUUAAAGGAUGUACAAAAGAAGAACUCAUUAUUGCAUGCCUUCCAUAUAUUGAUUAUAAAAACUUUAAAACAGAAGGAGCAUCAAUUGUGACUGAAAUAUACUAACCAUCAUAGGAAUUAUACUAAGUAAAUAAAAGCGUAAUAUGUUUAUUUUACUAUUUAUUUAUUUAGUUUUAGUAAUUGUCCUUGUAGGUUCUCUGUUGUGAACACUUUAAUGUACUUGCAAGCACUUGACAAUACUUUAUGCUGAUAAUAGGAAUCUCAGUAUUUUCUUUGUUGACCGCUAUUUUUCAUAAUUAUUAUAUUUGAAGAUGUUACUAGAGAUGGCAAGAUCCAUAUGACAUCUAAGAAUUGCCUGUUCAUCCAGUCAUUUUGGUUAUAAAUUCUCUUACGCUAUAUUUAAGUGGGUUAUGGAGUGUUCUGCAUUCCAUGUGUAUAAUAUCCAGAUUGAUGCCUAUGACUAUUAGGCUCAUUCCAAUAUGCCAAUACAUCUGUACCACCAAUUUAAAAAUAACUAACCAACUACCACUGUUGUAGCAGUAAGUACACUUUUAAUUCCUUGAGUUUUGUUAUAAAACUCAGUAACUCGUCAAACAUUUUUUCAGUUUCCAUUGAGGACGUAAAACAAGUUUAAUUCAUCUCUUUUGAUUAUGAAAUCUCUCUCCAAGAUAUUCUGUCUUUGCUUGGAAUGUGCUGAUAUAAUUAAUAUGACACUGUAUUCUGUCUUGGUUUCUGUUUUCUUGGGUGGGCUUGAAUGAUAAAGCCCCUGAUAAUGAUUCAGAAAGUGGUUUUGAAUUGGUUUAGGGAAAAGAUGAUAAAUGAGUUUCAUCUUAAAUGGAAACACCAAAUGAUUGCUUGCUUGCAGUUUAUUUGGUUUUUGAGUAAAAAUAAAAGACAAAUUUUCAUUUUCACCAAUAACUUUAUUGAACAACAUAGUCACUGUUUUGUCUCACUACCUUGUGACAUCUUUCAGGUAACUUCAUAAUUCAGUCUUCCCAAAACUUUUUAUCUUUUGAGCAAAUAGUUCCAGGUGCUUGAAAUUAUUUUCUAUUAGGAAAAUUUUGUAAAGACCAAAAUAAAUGGAAAUCUGAAGUAUAAAGUCUGGUGAUUACAGUGGAUGAAUCAGAAUGUCCCAGCCAAGUUCUAACAGCUUUUGCCUGGUCAUCAAAGAAACAUGUGGUCUUGUGUUAUCCUGAUAGAAGAUUGUGUUUUCUGUCAACUAAUUCCAGAUGCUUUUCAUCAAGCGUUACUUUCAGUUGGUCUCAUUGGGAGAUGUACUUGUUGGAAUUAAUUGUUUGAUUUUCCAGAAGGAUCUCAUAAUAGAGGACUCCCUUUCAAUCCUACCACAUACACAACAUCACCUUCUUUGGAUGAAGACCAGCGAUUGGUGUGGUUGGUGAUGGUUCAUUUCACUUGCCCCAUGAUCUCUACUAUACCACAUUAUUGUAAAGUAUCCACUUUUCAUUGCCCAUCACAAACAGAAGGUUUUCUUACAUUUAAGUAGAAUAUCUCGUGGAAAUAUGGUCAAGAAGGUUUUUUUUUUUCACUUAUAUGGGACCCAUACAUCAAAACAAUUAAUAUAACCAAGCUGGUGCAAAUGAUUUUUAAUAUGUGAUUUGGAUAUGAUGAGUAUGUUGGCUAUCUCUUGCACAGUAUAAUGUUGAUUGUUCUCGAUUAUUGUCUCAAUUUCACCGCUAUCAACUUCAACUGGUUUACCUGACCAUGGAGCAACAUUCAAUGAGAAAUCUCCAGCAUGAAACUUCAUAAAUCACUUUUGACACAUUCAGUCAGUCACAGCAUCUUCUCCAUAAUCUGCAUAAACCAUUUUUUUGCAC